CUGAAUACAGACAUCAGAACGUGCUUUUAUGAUGUAGCAAAACAUGAUACGCUCGAGGAUUAUGUUGAGUUCAGCGGUGGUCAUGAUUCACACGAUCAGAUCAACAAACGAUACGUCUGUGCUCGAUACCCGUUCGUGGCACCCGACGGCGAAAUGGUGACCAGCGCUUCCAGACCUUUGAAAAUCACACUCAGUUCAAGUGGCAUUGACAAUAAAGGCAUCCUUUUUUUGUACGAACAGUUCGAUGUUGGUGAGUUAUUUUCAGUUUUACUAGUUGGCUUCUAUUAUUUUGAUAACGUAUUGGCACCAGUGCUUGUCACGAAGUGA